CCUUUACUUACCCGUCCCUGACUUUAGUUGAUGGGGGAAAAUGACCCCCAUUCAGAAGCCUGUAUCAGCCCAGCCGGCGCUGGCAUCUCCAACAUCUCCUCCCGCCUCAUCUACUCCCUCCUCCGAAUCUUCUUCUGCUUCUGCUUCUGCUUGUGCUUCUUCCUCCUCUGCUUCAGUCGCAAUGGCAAAGACUUAUCCCCCUGUACAGCCUGGAGGUAGUUUGAUCUUGGCAUGGCAAAUCAAGCACAAGAAGGUGCUUGUUGUCGGCGGUGGUGAGGUCGCUGCUGGUAGAAUCUUAAACUGUCUCAACGCCGAUGCCAACGUCACUGUCGUGUGCCCCAAGUCCGGCCUCAAUGAUGAAGUCGCCUACCGAGUCAGCGAAGGCCAAGUCGCCCACGUCGACCGAGUAUUCGAGCCCGAAGAUCUAGACGGAGCCAGCAUGGUUCUGGUCGCUAUUGACGACCCCGCCGCCUCGACCGUCAUUUGGAAGCUUUGCAAGGAGCGAAGAAUUCCAGCCAACAUCGCCGACGUACCACCCGAAUGCGAUUUCUAUUUCGGCAGUAUUCAUCGCGAUGGUCCCCUCCAGAUUAUGGUCAGCACCAACGGCAAGGGACCCAGGUUGGCGGCGGCCAUUCGACAGUUCAUCGCCAAGCAACUACCCAAGAAUGCUGGUAAUGCCAUCGAGACUAUUGGUGAACUACGACUCAGAUUAAGAAAAAUGGCCCCCAAGCCUGAGGAUGGACCCAAACGAAUGCUUUGGAUGUCCAAGGUUAGCGAUACCUACAAGUGGGACGAGAUGUGCGGCCUCACAGACGAAGAUAUGGACAAUCUCCUUCUGUUUUAUCCUGCCAACAAAGUUCCUGCGAUGGACGUUCUGCUAGCUCUCCGAGGAGGCACCGACGUCAAGAAACUCGACGUCUUUGACGGCUCAUUCGGCUUCAGUGUCGGCGCCUAGAUAUCCGCAAUACAUACAUACAGCAGACGAUAUCUACUACUGGUGGCGCAAGACAGGGAUAAAACUACGACAUAUACAAUUUAUUUGGGGCAAGGUGCAUAUAUGGUUUGGAACAUUUUGACUACGUAUUGUAGAUGGGGAAGAAGCUGUCACAGCAUUGUUUGGUAUGGAAAUGGCGACUUCAGAACAGUUCACCAGUUGCGGUAUUUAUUUUUUGGGGACAUACUAUUCAUUCUAGAUUGUCGUAUUUACAAAUCCUUUGAAUUCCUCAAACGCGCGGAUGGUCGAUCCCGAGACAUAUCGGCAGUUGAUGUCAAAACAAAACGAAACGCGAUGAUUCGCUCGGCAGUUGUCAGAGCGUAAGCACUGUAUUAUAGGAGGGAGAGAUGACGAUCAUUAAUUUCUUGUAUUUCUUCUCUAUGGUCAAGUUUAUCCGCUCAACCUUUUAACUGCUAAAUUCUAUGUCAUCACACAUCAUAAACUGGUAUCAUGAAAGCCUCUACAGCUUGAGAACCACCUUGUGGGUAGCAGUCUUCUCCUUCUCGUCGCCGAAAACAUCAAUGUCCCAAUCAGGAGAGUCUGGAAAAUGUUAGCAGGAAUUCGGGUCUUUGGGAUUGUGGAUUGAGACUUACAGGUCUUGGGGAUGUUGAAACGCUGGGGCUUCUCGCCGAACUUCUCAAGUUCCUUGAUAGCCUCCUCGUCAAGCUCCACCUCCUCGAAGUUGCUGCGAAUACGAGCAGGAGUAACGGACUUGGGGAUGACGAUGUGGUUGUCGAGGGUGGACCAGGCGAGGAUGACCUGGGCGGGUGUGACCUCCUUGCCCUUGGACUUGCUGAGGCGGUCAGCGAUAGCCUUGACCUCGGGGGUGUUGAUGAGAAGAGGCUCGCCCCAUGAGUUGUUGCCGAAGGCGGAGUAGGCGGUCAGGUAGAUACCCUUCUCCUUCAGGUACUUGACAAGCUCGGGCUGGGGAAGACGAGGGUGGCGCUCGACUUGGUUGAUGGCGGGGGUGACUCCGGUGUCCUUGAUGAUGGUCUCAAGCUAGUGGGGGUCAGUUGUUUGUCCACGAGUUGGUGAGGCACUGUAGAAACUUACCAUCUCAAUGGAGAAGUUGGAGACACCAAUUGAGCGGACCUUCUCCUUGGGCAGCUUAGUCACGGCUUCCCAGGUCUGGGACAGGGUAACGCCCUGGUCAAGCUCUGUCUUGUUCUUAUCGUCGGCCUUGAGGGGGAAGAGCUCGGGGCCGUUCUUGAAGGCAACGGGCCAGUGGAUCAGCCAGAGCUGUUUGGAUGGUUAGCUAGCUGUGCGCGGAAACGAGUGAGUGAAGCUUGAACUCACAUCGAUGUAGUCAAGACCAAGCUCCUCGAGGGAAUCAUCGAGAGCACCGGGAACCUCCUCAGGGCGAUGCUUGUUGUUCCAGAGCUUGCCAGUGAUGAAGAUGUCCUCACGCUUGAGGCCGGGGACAUCAUCGAGGGCCUUCUUGAUGCCCUCUCCGACCUCACGCUGGUUCUGGUAGAUCUUGGCAAGAUCGAGGUGGCGGUAGCCGGCCUUGAGGGCCUCGUAGACACCGUUACCGACCUCACCGGGGGCAGCCUGCCAGGUGCCGUAGCCGAUCUGAGGCAUCUUGUGGCCCGAGUUGAGGGUGACAGUUCGACCGAAAGACAUGAUUGCGGUUGUUUAUUUGGGUGAGUGUUUUAUGUGAGAGGGUUGUGUAAGUGUGGGAGUGAGAAGAGGGAAAAGAGAGAAAAGUGAAGGUGGGAGACGAGAGGUGGAGGGGUUUAUAAGAAGAAUUGGAUAGCUGCAACAACCGUCAGAAACGCAAGAGUAAGGUAAUGUUAGUACAUAAACGUGGACGCGUUAUGACACCAGAUGAGGACCCAGUACAGGACAGGACAGUAAGUACUUGCUAUCGCUAUAGAUAUCCACAUUUACAUCUUGAUCAUUCUCCAAUGCCAUCGAGAACCCUGGUGGUGACGGCUCCCUCCCCCACCACACUCUUCACAUUCUCGGUAGCUGUAACAGGUAUGACUUGUUACACUAAAAGGGCAUGGAUCGAGAAGCUUCUACUGCACGCACCUUAUCCUCCCUUAUACAAUACAGAAACACCAACCGCAAACUGCCGUGCCUGUCCACCGAAGCAGAGACGCCGCGGGGCAAUUUCCAAUGCUGCCCUACGUCAAAAGGCGUCAUUGCCCCAUUGAAGUGCUAAAAGCCCGCAUUUGUUAGCGCUACGUGCUGUCGUUGCGAUGUGGAUUCACCUGAGAAUGAUAUCAGCGACUUUUUUUUAUAUUUUUUUUUACUCGUGGCGUGCAAGCUUUCGGCCUAGUUACCUUGAGCCAGUACUAAAUUGAUAUCGCUAAGAGACGAUUCUCAUACAUCAUUGGCACGGCUGGACCUACCUAACUCCUGGGGUUUCUGGUGGGAAUAUGGAGAAGACGUCGUUAGUGUUAUCUAAUGCUAACGUUGGUUGGUAAUUUAUGGGUGAUGAACUGUCAAAGUUGUCAUGAGGGGUCGGUCAGAGGGGUAGAGGGGUAACAACCAUGUUGAGAAACUGAGAGACCAUGAUGAAAGAUAAAAAAUUAUGUAUUUAUUCAUGUUGAAUGCGCUUUAUGAGCUUGGAUAGUGGUUAGGUGUUUUAACCAAAUUCAUUCACAUCAUAUCAGAUAAUCGAGACUCGGGGAGCUCCUGACUAACAAAUUAUAAAGAUAUGAUAUAAUCAUGAUAAAGGCCGGGGACCCUUUUGAGCACUUCGUGAAUCUUUGAAAA